GUAUUUAUCUUAGUGUGGAAUCCCCCUUGCCUCACUCGUGUUGAGGACGUUUUGCUUAUGAUUGCGAUGGAGUCACCGAGCCAGGUCUUACCCCAUCAAAUGACCACCCAGCCGAGCCCUACCCCCGGGCUUACUCCCAGCGGACACAACCCCCUGAAUUUGAUGAGCAAGCUACAGAAACCGGGGACAUACAGUUCUCCCCCUCCAGUCGCCUGCCACCCCGAAAACAAUGUGUGUAAAUUGAUCGAAUACCGAGGGGCAAAAGUUGCAGCAUUUAUGGUAGACGGCCGUGAGUUGAUAUGUCUACCCCAGGCUUUUGAACUUUUCCUCAAACACCUCGUCGGAGGACUCCACACAGUGUACACCAAACUCAAACGCCUGGACAUUACCCCCGUAGUGUGCAAUGUGGAGCAGGUUCGAAUCCUACGAGGACUUGGGGCGAUUCAACCAGGUGUUAACCGAUGCAAACUUAUCUCGUGCAAGGAGUUUGAUAUUUUAUAUGACGACUGUACGAAUUCAAGUGCGCGGCCCGGUCGGCCCCCUAAGAGGUCCCCGUCUAUUCAUGCUAGCCCUGAGACGAUAGAGAAACUGAAGAAGAGCCGUCUAGAUGGAAGUGACUACCAGUUCGACCCAAGGCUCUAUGGUCUUUCGUAUUUUCCAGGAGACAGGAAGUCCCUACUCAACGGCUUCCCACACCAUCCGUAUGCCAUGGGACCUCUUCCUUUCAUGCCCCUCACUCACCCUAUGAUGUCACCCCCAGUCUCCAUGGCAAUGGCUCAGCACCUAGGCCUAAGACCUGACGGAUCAAUCAUCAAAGACAGGUCAAGCUCAGAGUCGGAUCUCAUGUCGCCCAGAGGUCGCGAUGACGGUAUUGGCAAAUCCCCCUAUGACACUGACCGGAGUCAUCCCCGGAUGAUGGACAACGAUUCAAACAAACCACUCAACCUCCACGUCAAUGGGCACCUUAAAGAUGCUUAUAAAUCAGUCGGGCCCCUCAGAAGUGAUGAUGACGAUGACGACCCGGAUGAUGACAAAAUGUCAGAGGAUGACCGAGAUGACGAUUUGGACGACAGUGUUGACAUCAACGACUCUUUCCAUGCCCCGGGAGAGGUGGGAGAAAAGGUGGUGGGUGGGCAGCAUGGACACGCCCCUCAACUGUUGAACGGAGAAGCGACAGGGAUCUCAUCCAUUGAAACGCUCCUUCUCAACAUCCAAGGACUUCUCAAGGUCGCAGCAGAGAAUGCACGUCAUCACGAGAGACAGAUAACGCUGGAGAAAGCUGAGCUGAAGAUGGAGCUGUUGAGAGAGAAGGAAGCUCGUGAACAGACGGAGAAGCAGCUCAUGGACGAACAGAAGAACAGAGUGAUCCUGCAGAAGCGGCUGAAGAAGGAGAAGAAAGCCCGGAGGAGGAUUCAGGAACAGCUGGAGGUUCUGGCUCAACAAGGAGGUCAACCCGGAGUACCCCUCGACACGUGCAAGGCCCCAAAUAGCCCAGAGUCUACCAGAAAUAACGCAGAUUCAAUCGACCAAGACUCAGACGGCGAUAAACACAGCCAGUGUGACUCGGGAAAGAAGACACCAGAUCUCUCUGACGGUCGGUCAAAUCAUCGAGACAUCUUUGAAACCUUCCCACCACCCCAUACUCUGAGCAGCGCCCGCUUUCCCUACCUCCCAAUGGUGCAGAAUGAAGUCCAGUGAUCGUCACCAUAACAACAUAUCUAGUUGUCAUAGCGACAGGCUGUCACGUGACAGCCCGCCAUCUUGACUCCUCUGACACUGUCAGAGCAAUGUCUCAGAACUCAAGGUCUCAGAAAACGUAGAGGUCAUAGUUGACCUGGCUUCUGGAUCUGCAUGGAAGCUACCCUGUCUCUAAUGGUACUAGCCUCCCGUUUAGGGACGACUGUAACUACUAACUAAGGACUUAGAGUACCACAGCCCGACCUAGAUAGGAGGCGGACAUUGUACAUAUGCCUCCAAGAAGAAAUAUUGGCUUGAUCAUAUUGUUUAGAACGUGCAGCAAGCGCAAAACGUGGCAUACUCACGAACGGCAGAUUUGAUGCAAGGUCAAGGUCAGGAAGGCAGACAACUGAGCAGGCCAGCUGCACAAGCGUACGAGUUAGGUUAGAAGAGGGUUGUUCAUGUACGUACGACAUUAGAUUAGAUUUCACUACACUUGAGAUGUGUGCGCCCUUGGUGUGUGUGGUCUGUGUGUUGUACUUAUAAAACACUGGCGGAACAUUUGCCACUACUUAUGAUGGUUGUGACAAAUACAGCUCAAUCUCUAUAACAAUGAUGAAUGUCAAAACUUGGAUCUACCACACGUUAGAUGUAAUCUCAAACGCUUAGACGGAAGUGUUGCUUCAUAUUGGUAUAAAUGCAUAUAUUGUUGGUCUGCUAGAAUUGUAGGGCGUGUUCACAGUACAUGGUGCGACGCGACGGAACGGACUUCAAGUGGCACGAUCGCAUUCAAAAUUGCUUUCAGUUGGCGAUAUAUAUUUAAAUUAAAAUCCAGAAUACGUAUCAUAAUAUUCCUGGAAAAAAGUCAAAAUGAGUAAGUGUUGCGGCUAGAAUCAGAGUACUGAUACUAAUAUCAUGUCGUAUUAUGAUUAGCAACAUGGUGACAUAUUAUUGUUGAUAAAAUAAAGGCAAAAUGAAUACAAAACGAACACGCCGAUGUUUCGCGUAUCAUCGCGUCGCGUCGCACCUCAUUGUUAACGCUCUCUUGGUUACUGACAUGGUGUUCAUAUUGUUGUGUUUUCUGCAAUAUAAUUACAAAUGUUGGGUUUUUUAUAAUGCCUGUAUAAACCACUGACGUUACUAAGUCGGUUACUAAGAUUAUACCACAUUCUGUAUAUCGCAUACAACGUGCGCUACGGUGAGAAUUAUCGAAAGGUCAUCAGAGUCGCCAGUAUCUGAAUGCUGAAUAAUAAUUAAACAGAGCGUCGUGACUAAUUUAAUCAAAAAGGAAUCACCAAAAGCACAGUGUCCCCUAAAUGCAUAAUAUAUGCUACUCAACGUUUAUAGGGAUAGGAUAUAUUUCCUAUUGAUGAAAAACCUGUUACAAAGGAAAUGUGUAUGCGAAUGUCAUGAAGCAUCCAAUAUAAACGCCGACACGAAGGAUAUCGCUAUUAAAAGUUGAGUAGGAUAUAUAUACUGAACAAAAACAGUUAGGGAUCGUGAAUAUUUUUUGGGUUAUAUUUUUGUAGUGAAGACUUAGCACACAAUUUGUUAAAUAUAUCCCUAAAAAUAUUCAUGUUCACUCACUAUUUUUGCCGGUAUACUUGCAUACUAAUUGUUAAACGUUUAACAUAAGCCAGCUUUUACCAUGUUUUCAUAUUUAACUCUAAAAAAUAUUUUAUCACAGACACUAGAAACGUUUAGCUACACUAUGGUGCUCUCAUUGGUUCAACCAAAUAUCUAGUAUCUAGUAGACGGCCAAAGAUAGAGACUACUCAUAGUCAAUAGCGUUCUAAAUUUAGCUUUAAUUUUCAAAUUUAAGUGGCAUAAUUUUAGAUGGAAUUUGUUUUGCUUGGUGUUCAAGCUAAUGACAUUUUACAUUAGAUUAAAUGUCUCCAGCGUUCAUAAUGCAAUGUCAUCCCUAAAUCUAGUCGAUUAAAAACUGCCGAUUGCUGUACAUCAUUGAAUAAUUUACUUAUGGUAGAUUUCAUAUAGCUGGCGUAGGUAUAAAAGCUCAUAUUCAUGAUAGUCAGGAAAGGCGAAACAAAAAAAUAAACUGUGGGCGUGAUGCUUUUAGAUUCGGGCAUAAGUACUUUUAAUGACACAUUUAAAAACAUGACGUUACAUACCCGGAUGUUAUCCAGUCACCAUUGAGAUCGUGCUGAAAAACACAUGGUAACUAAGCCACGAAAACAUCCAAUCAAAACCACCCAACCCCCACACGACACCCAACCCCAACCCCCAACCCCUACCCCCCCCCCCAUACCUACGCCCACCCCACCCUCAUAAUCAUGUCUUUUCUUUAAAAUGUGAAAACAAAUAUCAUUCACAAAUUGCCCGAGAAACGUUUCUUGAAUUUUCCGAGCCAAAUCUUACACUAAAUAUCUUUUCAAGUAUUCUAAAAGAAGUAUUAUAACUUUUAACACGAUAUUAUGUAAUAUAUUCCGAAGCUUAUAACUGUGCAUAAUAAUUGUAGCAACAAUUAAGUGGUUUUUUUCUGAAUUAUUAGAUUUAUGUAUUGAAAGUUCAUUUGAUAAGGGUUUCGUCAAACGUCCAUUGAAAAAUAUGCCAAGGUUAAGUACGUUUGCAGUACGAACAGUGCGAAGAUUGCCUGCCUCUUUCACGGUGCCCGGAUGACAAAGAUCGAUGAAGGGAAAUGCUUCACGCUUGGGUGCACACCGAGCUCCAAUAAUGAGCUAUUCCCAAUAUGGGUAUUGACAUGAAACAUUAUCCGUAAUUACUACCUCUUCAACUUGUUGAUUAAGGAUUCAUUUCAACGGAUCUACUUAUUACUGCCGAAAUCUAUGAGAUAUGGUUUAUUCGAUAAAGCAUCACAUUAUAUAUGAAGUAUUAUUGUCCUUGAGCUAUGAUAAAUAUAUCAUUUGUUUUUAUAAUAUUUUUCAUUUUUCAUAUCAUUCUUGUUUCGGUCUCGUCCUAUCGUGUUCAGAUUUUGAUGACGUAAUUUAGUGACGUCAUUGUAAUGGCGAAACUAGAUAAUAUACAUGUUAGUGAAAAAUGACUAACAAAUGUGAGAUUCAUUUUCACCAUUUCUCCACCCAAAUGUGAUGGAUAAUAACUCGUUUGAAUGUGAAUAUUUUGAUAACGUAUAUAUUUGUAUGACGAUGUAUCACCAGCGAACAUUUUGUCGCCAUAUUUCCCCCAUCUACUAAUGAUUUAGUUGUAGUCAUUGUUAUUUAGAUUUUAUCUAAAUCAGUUUCAAUUUUGCCACUGUUUGAUUAUUUUCAUAAAUUAAUCUUAAAUUAUGAAAUAGAACGUGCCAUCUUUUGUGCCAUGUACAUCAUUUUAAUCAAAUUGAUAAAUUUGCCAUUCUCGGAAGCUGCAAAAUUGGUCAGAUCUUUAAAAUCAAUGGUUUGGUGGAAACUCUGUUGUCUGAAGACUUGGUCUAACAUAGAAAUUUCCUUCUGCGCAUGUGUAACGGAAAUGAUGUCAUUUUACCCUCGGGUUAAACAGUGUAUUGCUAUGCGUCCUAGUGGCCUGUAUAUUUUGUGUCACUUUUGCAAUAUUUCGUGGAGACAUUCCUAUUUUGUCAUCAAUAAAAAUGUAAAAUAUCUGCA